GGAAAAAGCAACAGGAGAGUCUGGGGGACGGAAACGCUGCCAAAGCCCAGGCAGAGCAAGAAGCAGCAGCUUUGGUUGUGUCCGUGCAAUGGUCUAGGAGUGGAAACUGAUCUGCAUGGAGCAGGGAGGUGGGGACUGCCAGAGAAAGGAAAAAUCCUUCCAAGUGGAUUGUAAGGCGUUCUGCUAACAAAAGGGGGGAGAGUCACGGAGCCAUGCAUCCAGAUGCUGCUGCCGCUGCCGGCGUGGGUCAGGAGGUGCCGAAAAUGAGGCGUAAAGGUAAAGGAGCUGCAGGCCAGCCACUGCCACUCAGGAAGGUGAACCAUCACCAUGCCAGGUGCUGACAUGAUGACAGCUAGUGAGGCAGGCGACGUGAGCAGCAAAUCUGAAAACAGUGUCUGCCGAUCUCUUGAGAGGAUCAAGGUAUCAAGGGAAAACAAUAAAAUUGCUGGGGAAGAAUUAGAAAGACUUUCAUUCAGGUGUGCCAAUAAAGACUCUUCUGAAGGAGCCAACAUCACUCUGCAUCUGGAACCUAAAGCUGAAAAAGUUUCUUCUGUGCUGAAAAACCCAUUGACAGCACUGGAGAACUUGAUCCUGAAUCCAAAGCUAGACUGCUUUCAGCAGAAUAUGCUGAGUCCCAAAAUGAUCAUCAGUGACCCAUCUGUGGAUCUCAGUGUCAAAGAAAACAGCAAAAUCCUAAGGAAACAAAUCAGAGGCACUCAGAACUCAUGGUCAUCUGGAAAAGUUGGUUUCAGGAAUAAGUCCUUCAGCAUCAAGGACAAGAUUUCUGAAUGGGAAGGGAAAAAAGAAACACCCUCUCCUGUGGUUGCAUGGAAGGAAGAUGAGCCAGGAGUGAAAGAGGAGCAGAAGACAUCAUGUGUGGUGGAAAAGAUGAGUGGGGAAGUUUUGGUGAAUUGGAAAGUAGACACCAAGAGGCUUGUAAACUGGGAACUGGAAUGCAAAGGGAUGGCAAAAGAGAAUGAAAGGAGAGUGGGCACUCCAAAGGGUACAGGACAAGGAGUGGAGAGGAAGGUAGAACUGAAGGAGAAGGAAGAGGAAGUUGAUGCCAGUGUUGGAAAAUGCAAGGAGGUGAAAGGUGGUAAGUGGGAGGUCCAGAAAGAGAACCUUUCAGUACUGAAUCAGGUGAAGAAGUUGGAGCAGGCCUUGAAGGAAGGGUCAGCAGAGCUGCAGCCUCAGUUACCAGGUACCUACUAUUCCCCACACUGUCUGCCAGAGAAGGUAUUUGAGGGACAGACUCCUUCAGAGGGCCAGGAGGGCAUAUGUGGCUCUGAACUCAAUAAGGGGCUUCUCAGCUUGGAUUCGGAAGGCAGUGAGCCAAUUUUUGGUACUCUAGAAGAGGUAAAACCAUCUAAAGUGAAAUGCAAAGACCACAAUGUGGAGAAUGUAUACACAGAGCCGGGAGCACCAGAGAAGAAACCCUUCAUCAACCCCUUGCCAAAGCCCCGACGGACUUUUAAACAUGAGGGGGAAGAGGGCUGGACUCCAGGAGCUAGAAAUAAGAGAAACUUGCCCCCUCUGCCAUCCAUACCUCCCCCUCCUCUUCCCUCUUCUCCUCCUCCUUCAGCUGUCAGCAGAAGACUGUGGAAUGGGAAACAUAAGAACAAUGCUGACCACAGGAAGUCUUAUGAAUUUGAAGACUUGCUACAGUCGUCCUCCGAGAAUGGCCGGGUGGAUUGGUACGCUCAGACCAAGCUGGCCCUCACACGCACUUUAUCAGAGGAAAAUGUCUAUGAAGAUAUUCUAGAUCCGCCUUCGAAGGAAAACCCCUAUGAAGACAUUGAGACUAAUAGCCGCUGUCUAGGAAAGAAAUGUGUCCUGACCUUUCCAGCAUCCCCCACCUCAUCAGUUCCUGGAACCCCCACCAAGUUACUUUCCAAACCCAUUUUCUUUCGACAAAAUUCAGAACGGCGGAGUUUCAAGCUGCGAGACAUACGGAAACUGAGUCGUGAUGGAACUGGGUCCCCUUCCAAAAUCAGCCCCCCCUCUACUCCCAGCAGCCCAGAUGAUACCAUCUUCUCCUUGGGAGAUCCUCAGAAUGGGAGGAGGAGGAGGAAGAUUCCCAAGCUGGUGUUGAAAAUCAAUGCCAUUUAUGAGGUACGGAGGGGAAAGAAACGUGUCAAGAGGCUGUCCCAGUCCACGGAGAGCAAUUCAGGGAAAGUUACCGAUGAAAACAGUGAAUCAGACAGUGACACUGAAGAGAAACUGAAAGCUCACAGCCAGCGCCUGGUCCACGUGAAGUCUCGCCUGAAGCAAACCCCCCGAUACCAAACCUUGGAGCGGGACUUGAUCGAGUACCAAGAGAGGCGGUUGUUUGAGUACUUUGUUGUGGUCUCACUGCAUAAGAAGCAGGCCGGGGCUGCUUACAUCCCCGAAGUCACGCAGCAAUUUCCAUUGAAGCUUGAGCGCUCCUUCAAAUUCAUGCGAGAGGCAGAGGACCAGUUGAAGGCCAUUCCUCAGUUUUGCUUCCCUGAUGCUAAGGACUGGGCACCCAUCUACCAGUUUACCAGUGAGACCUUCUCGUUUGUCUUGACUGGUGAAGAUGGCAGCAGGCGGUUUGGAUACUGCAGAAGGCUAUUGCCCAGUGGGAAAGGGAAGCGUCUCCCUGAAGUUUACUGCAUUGUGAGUCGCCUUGGAUGCUUCAACCUCUUCUCCAAGAUCUUGGAUGAGGUUGAGAAAAGACGGGAGAUUUCCCCUGCUUUGGUGCAGCCCCUCAUGAGGAGUGUCAUGGAGGCACCUUUCCCAGCACUGGGCCGGACCAUCGCAGUCAAAAACUUCCUGCCAGGCUCAGGGACUGAAGUCAUUGAGCUGCGACGGCCCCUGGACUCAAGGCUUGAGCACGUUGAUUUUGAGUCCCUGUUCUCCUCCCUCAGUGUGCGGCAUCUCAGCCGAGUCUUUGCCUCCCUGCUUCUGGAGAGAAGGGUGAUCUUUAUAGCAGAUAAGCUCAGCACCCUGUCAAAGUGCUGCCAUGCCAUGGUGGCCCUGCUUUACCCCUUCACCUGGCAGCACACCUACAUCCCAGUGCUGCCGCCUUCCAUGAUUGACAUAGUAUGCUCGCCGACUCCCUUCCUGAUCGGUCUACUCUCCAGUUCCCUGCCCUGCCUCAAGGAGCUGCCUGUGGAAGAGGUCCUAGUGGUUGACCUUGUUAAUAACCGGUUCCUCAGACAGAUGGAGGAUGAGGACUCUAUUCUUCCCCGGAAGCUGCAAGCAGCACUUGAGCACAUCCUGGAGCAGAGGAAUGAGCUGGGUAAUGACAAGGAGGAGGGCACUCUGAAUGGCAAGCAGGCCUCUUCUGCAACCUGUUCCUUGGAGUCCAGCCCCUUGAAUGAAGUGGUGUCAGAAGCCUUUGUCCGUUUCUUUGUGGAAAUUGUGGGCCACUAUUCCCUGUUCCUGACCCCUGGUGAGCGAGACGAGCGGACCUUGCAGAAGGAGGCCUUCCGCAAGUCUGUCUCCUCCAAGAGCCUGCGCCGAUUCUUGGAGGUCUUCAUGGAAACUCAGAUGUUUGGGGGCUUCAUUCAGGAACGGGAGCUGCGGAAACAAGGGGUCAAAGGUCUGUUUGAGGUACGUGCCCAGGAGUACCUGGAAACCCUUCCUAGUGGGGAGCAGAGUGGAGUCAAUAAAUUCCUGAAAGGAUUAGGUAGCAAAAUGAAAUUCCUCCACAAGAAAUAAGAGCCACAAGUGCCACCAUUCAAUGGAAGAGGAGGAGUUUACAAUUCAGCAGAAACCAGACAGACUGUUACUAACCGUUCCCACUUAGCUUGCUCCCCAACAGGUGACCGACCUGGGAGCUGAAUGCCGGAGGAUUUGCUCUUGCGUGAAUGCAGCAUCAGGAGAGGAAGAGGUGGCAAUGGAGCAGCCUGGACAGGUCUCUGGACUUCUACAGUAACAUGCACUGGACCAAGCACUCUGAACUCUGCAUUGGCGUAUUGCAGACCUCCAAAUGGAUUUGACUUCUUAGUUAUUAAACCAUUUUUUUUGUUCUAUUUAUAUUGUGGUUAGGACAACUAUUAGCCAAUUACUUGUGCCCUGCCUCCCCUCCAAGUGGCACUGUUGGAUGUCAUAAUGGGAGACUCUAACCCUAGACUGAGCUUCUGAUGCGAAAUGAUGGAGGACAAAGGGAGGGGAGAAAUAGAGGAAGUGUAUGAAAAUAGCCACGCACUAAAACGAGGACACCGAGGACUGCUGACUGGGCAGGGGAGAGCUUACUCACGAGAGAACAAGCCAGAGGAGGAACCACUACACCUCCUGAGAACUUGACCUGCCAACUAGCCACAGGAGCUGCAAAGGUGGCUGUGUCAGGGACCUGUGGCACCUGGAGACGCCUUCCCUCAUAUUGUCUAAGUUGAGAACUUUAUUUGAUAUAAUUAAAAUGAGUGAUGUAAAAAGAAA